AUGUCUUUCGUGCAAGACGCAGAAAUGCAGCAUUAUGCGCGGCUGCAGCUGGACAACAUCGAUGUGUUGCUCUCACAGAACCCAGGGGAAGGUGAAUUGUCCGAUCUUGAGAAGGAAGCGAUAGCAAUCCGUCCCUACUUGCAACUCGUUGCCGUAGGGGCCGUAGAGUUCAAUGAAGAAGCUGUUAAUGCUCGAGUAAACAAAGGCUUCUCUACCCCCGAGUAUGAUCUCCCAGGGCUUCGCGCUACAUCUCCUUCGGCCGCGGCACCCACUCGUCAGGUCGAUGGACUCGUUACCGCUGCUACUGGCCCCAUGGAUCAACAAGCUUGCAUCAACGACGACAUCUAUUCCGACGACAACGCUGGUGCUCCCCCUGUGGCUCUCUCGAAGUUGGAGACUGUUCACUCAAACAGUAGCAAGGCCUCAAAGGUCACGGAAACUGCUCUUGCUUUCCUCUCCCAAAGUGAUGUGGGUCACAUAAUUGAAGCCCGGACCCAGAGUUCCAGUCAGUCAAUCUCUUCCCGAGAGGCAGAACAGGGCUCCCCUUCAAAGGACUCCACUACUCGCGAUGUCGAAAGUGUUGGCAUUGAGGCUGCAUCCCCAGCACCAGCGACUCACCUCCACCACAAUGAGGCGCGCGAGGGCCUCAUUUCUUUUGAUGAGGAUCCCACUCCUGCCGGUACUAUCCCGACUACUAUAACAGAUGUUUCGCUUCCUACAAGCACUUUCGCCAAGGAGUGGGAAGAGGCCGAGAGUGACAAUGUCGCGCUCGAUGUCUCCCCGGCCACAGCCCACCCUGUCGAGUCUGAGACCGAGCUUCCGGUGCAAACCUCUAAUGCUGUCUCCCUCUCCACUAAGGGAACUACUUCAGCUCCAGGUAAUGAGUGCACUAUCUCUGCCGAGCCACAGUGCGAUGCGGUAUCCAUCACCGGUGACGACGCAAUUACACCUACAACCAGUGUUCACGAGAAUAACAAUGUUAUCAAGUGCUUCAAAUGUGGCAACGACUGUGAUGAGAAUGUCAUCACAUGCUCUUGCAGCCAUCAGUAUUGUGCUGGUUGUCUUAACGACAUAGUCAAGGCUUCUAUCCAAGGGCCUACUUCCUUCCCUCCUGUGUGUUGCGAGAUUCCACUCCCUGUUGACAUCAACACUUCUAUCUUCGAUGAGAAGACUUUGUACGAUUUCUUGUGGAAGAAAUUUGGGGCGUCUGACAUCGGUGAAAAGGAUAUCGGUGAAUGCAGUGAUAAGUCACUUCCCUCUCUCCAUCCUCGCCCGUCGACUCCUUUUACCCCAUCUACCCCAUCAGUUCCCUCUCCUCCCUCGCUUUCGACAGAGGAGAAGUCGGAGUACUCCUUCAAUGGAUUUGGUGAAGAAGCAGCCGACAAUGAAGGUACCAAGUGUCACGUGUGCCACAACACUAUUGAGAAAGGCUUGUAUUGUCCUAACUGUUGCUACCAAUGCAACAAUAGCAGAGCGGACUGCAAAUGCGACUGGUGGGAUGGCCGCCAGCGCCGUGAAAAGGGUAUGGCUAUCGCCAAAGCGUCAACCUUCCAAACUGCUCAACCACAAGUUGCGCCCUUUCGGGGGCAGCGAAAGCAGUUUGGGGGAAUAUUUGAACGCAACACUAGAACCCAUCGUGCCGAGAUCCAGAAUGGGGCUUGCCAACACCCAUUGAUGAAGCAAGUCAAUGCACACGCUGCAAAUACUCAGUUUGUAAGCAUUGUGGUAUGA